GUCAUCACUCAUUAAGAUGGUUGCUGUCCGGUGCGUGACAUGCAGUUUCUAUCGUGCAGUUAAUUAUUUCAUUAAACUAAAAAACAAGACACACGUUUGAACCACAGUACUGUGCACGCACCCCCACACGCACAGAGACAGACAGGAACAACAGGGUGAGCCGCAGGGGUGGUGCAAGAAUUAAAACCGACGAUGCAAAUCACACUGAAGACCUUACAACAGCAAACUAUCAAGAUAGACAUCGACCCGGACGACACGGUCAGAGCUCUGAAGGAGAAGAUCGAAGCGGAGAAAGGGAAGGAAUGCUUCCCUGUGGCCGGACAGAAGCUGAUCUACGCCGGGAAGAUCCUGCAGGAUGACACGCCAAUCAAAGACUGCAAAAUCCAGGACAACAACUUCGUGGUCGUCAUGGUAGCCAAGCAGAAAUGUUCGGGAGGGGGCCCCCAGGCUGCGGAGUCAUCAGCGCGGACCCCCCUUCAGGAAUUGAGCUCGUCCCAGUGUCCAGUGCCCACCCCAGCAGCGAUCCCCAUCCCUCCAGAGAUGGGCCCCCCCGGAGCAGAGAGCACGGCCACGACCCCGCCAGUGACCCCCGCCGGCUUGGAUCCUGUUUUAGACGCUGAACUGGAAGGAGACGCGUCUUCGGCGCUGGUAACAGGGCAGCAGUACGAGGCCAUGCUGACGGAGAUCAUGUCGAUGGGCUACGAGAGGGAGCAGGUGGUGGCAGCGCUGAGAGCCAGCUUCAACAAUCCUCACCGCGCCGUGGAGUACCUCCUCACUGGUAUUCCCAGCUGCCCCGUGCAGGAGAGCAGUCCCACCGCAGAAGAGCCGGCACUCCCACAGAACCCUGCACCCGAGGGUUUAAACCCGCUGGAGUUUCUUCGAGAGCAGCCCCAGUUCCAGAACAUGAGGCAGGUGAUCCAGCAGAACCCCAGCCUGUUACCAGCACUGCUGCAGCGGCUGGGCCGGGAGAACCCACAGUUACUGCAGCAGAUCAGCCAGCACCAGGAGCGAUUCAUCCAGAUGCUGAACGAGCCGCAGGGCGGGGGUCCGGCGGAGAUCGCGGAGGGGGAGGGAGACCUGGGGGUCCUGGGGGACGAUGAUAACUCACCCGUCGACUACGUGCAGGUGUCCCCGCAGGAGAAGGAAGCCAUUGAGCGGUUAAAAGCCCUGGGCUUCCCAGAGGGGCUGGUGAUCCAGGCCUACUUCGCCUGCGAGAAGAACGAGAACCUGGCUGCCAACUUCCUUCUGAACCAGAACUUCGAGGACGAAUGACAGACCCGCGGCCCGCACAUCCAUUUUAUAGCAAAGUUUUAAAACUAUUUAAUAAGCAAAACAAAAAAUGAACUGGGGGUUUGGGGUUUGGGGUAAACGGGUAUAGGGCAUGAUACGCAAUGCGACAGUUUGUACACCCCAUUGUUUUUAAACGUGUAAGACAGGGGACUGUCCCGUUCCACUCCUGGUCUUUGUUCCAGCCAAAUAAAGCUCUAUCCAGACCCUGAA